UAUAGAGCUGGCAGCCUCGGGGAGGCCCAUAUUGGGCAGUGUGAAUGUUUGGGGAUGAGUGUGUAGCAGGCGGGGCCCCCCCGCAGCUGCCCCAGCGCCCCCGGCCCGGAAUGCUUUGUGGCAUCUCUGUUGCCUUUUGAACAAUUAAACAUGAAAAUAGCCCCUCAGAAAUCAAACUGAAUUAGAAGACUCUCUUUAGAAGUAUGGCAUGUAUCAUGGAGAGCAAGAUUGUGGGAAUAGAAAAACAGCAACAUAGCUUGACUUUACUUAGCAAAAUUAAGAACAUGAAAGAAUUAGCAGAAAUGAUAGAUGUCGUGCUAAUAGCAGAAGGGAAGAAAUUUCCCUGCCACCGACUGAUUUUGGCUGCCUUUAGUCCUUAUUUCAAAGCCAUGUUCACCUGUGGUUUGCUCGAAUGUGUUCAGAAAGAAGUCAUACUCUAUGAUAUCACUGCCGAGAGUGUCUCGAUAAUAUUAAACUAUAUGUACAAUGUGGAUUUGGACAUCAAUAAUGCCAAUGUACAGACUGUAGCUGUUGCUGCCUACUUUAUGCAAAUGGAUGAAGUCUUCAGCAUGUGCCAAAAAUAUAUGAUGGACCACAUGGAUGCCUCCAAUUGCGUAGGAAUCUAUUAUUUUGCCAAACAUAUUGGGGCAGAAGAUUUGUCUGAUCAAGCCAAGAAAUAUUUAUAUCAGCACUUCGCUGAGGCAAGCUUACAUGAAGAAAUUCUGGAAAUUGAUGUGGAUCAACUGAUGGGACUUAUUAAAUCAGAUGAUCUUAAUAUUUCCCGAGAGGAAAGUAUUCUGGACUUGGUUUUGAGGUGGGUGAACCAUAGCCGAGAGUUGCGCCUCGAGUCCCUUGUUGAACUUUUGAAACAAGUAAGGCUGGGACUUGUGAAUCCUUCAUUUUUAAGAGAAGCGUUGAAAAGGAACACGGCACUUCUCUGUAACUCAGACUGCAUUGAUCUUAUCCAGGGUGCCUUAGAUGCCAUCAAGAAGUCCAAACAACUUUCUCUAAAUCUCCGUUAUGGAAUGGAGACCACUAGUCUUCUGCUUUGUAUUGGCAACAAUUCCACAGGGAUCCGAUCAAGACAUGGCAACUAUGGAGAUGCAAGUUUUUGCUAUGCUCCUUUAACAGGAAAGACCUACUUCCUCUCCUCUCCAAAGUAUGGAGAAGGUUUAGGAACUGUGUGUACUGGGGUCGUUAUGGAAAACAAUGACAUCAUCGUGGCAGGGGAAGCCAGUGCUUCUAAGCUAUCUCGACAAAAGAACAAGAAUGUAGAGAUCUAUAGGUACCACAUCCGGGGAAAUAAAAGUUGGGAAAAGUUAUGUGCAACUGAAUUUCGGGAGCUCUAUGCCCUAGGCAGCGUCUAUAGUGACCUUUACGUUAUAGGAGGACAAAUGAAAUUGAAAAACCAGUAUCUUGUUACAAAUUGUGUCGACAAGUAUUCGGUGGAGCAUGACAAUUGGAAAAGGGUGGCACCUCUUCCGUUACAGCUAGCCUGCCAUGCAGUAGUAACAGUGAAUAAUAAACUUUAUGUGAUGGGAGGAUGGACCCCACAGGUUAAGAAAUUUCUUGGGUAUCUAACUAGCAUGUUUGCAUGCAAACUAGCUUCUUGGUUUACACUGAAUGUACAAAAAAAAUCACAUUGGACUUUUUCUUCUCUUUUUUUGGGGGGGGGUUCCAUUUCACCCUAUUGCUUCAUAUUAAGCUUGCAGUCUACUAAAACCCCCAGAUCAUUUUCACAAGAAAUGUUAUCUUGCCAUUCCUCUUCCAAUGUAUGCUUGUAGUGUUUAUUUUUCAAAUCCAAGUGCAAGAUUUUACAUCUAAUUGUAUGUUAUUAGAAUCUGCCCAAUACUCCAACCUAUUGAGAUCUUUUGGAACCCUAACUAUUAACCAGUGUGUUAGCUAUCCCCUCCUCACUUUGUGUCAUCUACAAAGCUGAGGAGCAGGUUAACUAUGUUCUUAUCUGAGUCACUAAUUUAAAAUAUCAAAACAGUAUAAAACCAAGCUCAACUCUCUUUACAGACCCUAGACACCUUCUUCCAAGCAGACAUUAAACUAUUAAUGACAUCCAAGCUGACAUUAAAUUAUUAAACUCUAAUUAGGGUCUGACUGUUCAAUGAGUCCUCUAAGUACUGUACUAGUAUCUACCCCUCUUCCAUCUUUUCCACAAGAAUAGUUUGAGAAACAUUAUUAAAUACUUUUCUGAAAUCUAAGUAAACUCUGUCUCCCACAUUCUCCUCAUUUAAUAGAGAUUCCUCUUCCUGUGGUCAAAUCUGGCCUCAGAUACCAGCUGUAUGACCCCAAACAAGUCACUUCACCCUGUUUGCCUCAAUUUCCUCAUCUGUCAAAUGAGUUGGAGAAGAAAAUGGCAAACUAGUCCAGUAUCUUUGCUUCAGGACAAAAACAACACAAAAGGGAUCAAGAAAAGUCAGCCACAACUGAAAAUGACUAAACAGCAACAAUAAAAUGAGCUGGCAAAGGAAAUGGCAAACCAUUCCAGUAUCUUUGCCCCCAGCCCCCUGAAAAAUGGGGUCAUGAAGAGUCAGACAAAACUGAAAUGACUAAACAACAACAAAAUCCUGUUGAAAAAAAGAAUGUGGGUUUAGUUUGCUAUUCUUGAUGAAACCAUCCUGGUUCACUGGAUUCACUACUUCCUUAGCUCAAAGGUCAUCAAUUGUAUAUUUAAUGAUCUGUUAUGCAUUAUUGCAUUUUCCCAGGAAACAAAGUCAAACUAAUUCCAUUUUCUCCCCACCCCCCCCUUUUUUUUUUAAAUAAUCAAGAAAUCUUGCCUUUUUCCAAUCCUCCAGCACCUCUCCCAUUCACCAAGAUCACUGAGUAUUUCUCAGCAAUCGCAUCUGCCAGUUCUUUCCAUAAUCAUUCUAGGGCCUUGAACUUGUCAGACAACUUGAUUCUCUGGUUUGGGGUUUUGUUUUUUUGUAUACUUACCUUAGGUAACAACUCUCCAUUUUGGUUAUACUUCUAGUUCAAAUAUAAUUUUCCCCGGCAAAUAAAAAACAAGAUUAAGAUUUAA